AUGGUGCCAGCUUCCGUGAGCGCCGACCGGGUCAGCGUGCAGCCGAAGCAGUCCAAGACGAGCACCACCACCGCCAACACCGGCGGCAGCAGCGGCAAUAGCGGAUCCCACGACGACCGCACGAAGCCGCUGGACAGCUUCUACGUCUGGGACCGCGACCCGUACCCGCAACUGCCCAUCGGAUGCGACCCCUGGUGGCUGUGGCUGACGCGUGCCUGGUUGGUGCUCACCAUCGCCUUCGCCUUCUCCACCUGCUACAUGUGGAUCAGCGGCAUCCGCCAGAAGAACAUCUACAUCCUUGAGUUGGAGAUCCCGCCGUUGGACCUGUGGAUGGGCGACGUGAAGUACGGGUGGGAGCCGGAGCGCGAGAAAAGGAUCGGGGUCACAAAAAAGGAAGACUUUGUCCUCACCACGCAUUGGCAUUGUGGAAGGGUGCUCAAAAAUCUGACGGCCGAACGUGCCGCGCACUGGACGUUGAACGACCAGGCGAUCUUCAUGCUUCUUUGUGGGACCCUGGAAACGCCGGAGCGCGCAUCCGCCUACGGCUCCGCAUCGGUCAUCACCUUCAAGUACCAUUCAAUUUUUAAUGCAUAUUUAAUUUCUUUCUGUGGUCAAUCCAUGGACUUCGAUCGCGUGGUCGCCCCGGGCGGCUACGGCACGUACAAGAAACCAACCGAGGGCGGAGAUUUCGGCUUGUACAUGCCGGAUACGGGUGUGCCCUCGUUCUACACCACCCUGAAGUACAUGCUCCAACGAGAACAGCCCACCGCCCAUGCCCUGCUCGAUUUCCUGGCGAGCGACAACAUUUGGAGCCCCGAGCUGCAGCUCCUUUACGGGAAGCUGCUACCGUCGAAAGCCGAAAUGUGGCGCACGAUCCCGAACGUGCUCGCGUCGCCGCUCGCAACCAUCCUCGACUCACAGAGGUUCACCGAUUCCCGC